AUGUCAUUGUACGAAUAUAAACAUCCAAUCAUCAACAAAGAACUGGCAACUGGACCAGAUGUCAAUUCGCGCAGACAAUUUGCCACGUUAGAGACGUGGUACGAUGUGGUUAACGAUUACGAAUUUCAAGCCCGGUGUCCUAUUAUCUUGAAAAACUCGCAUCGCAACAAACACUUCACGUUUGCUUGCCAUUUGAAAUCGUGUCCCUUCAAAGUGCUGUUGAGCUAUUCGGGCCAGAACAAAGACGGCCCGUUCGAGUCUCCCAGGGACGAAGACGACGAGGACGACGAAGAAAGCGGUGCUAACAACGUGGACGGCGGUGCGCACCGCGACGACGUCAGCGCUGCUAUCGCAGCGGCCGUCGCAGCGGUCACAGACACCAAACCGGGUCGUGGAAAUGGUCAUCAUCACAGCCAUCACCAAGACCACGACGACGAAGAUGCCGUCACGGACGUUUCAGGUCUCGACGCUCAUCAACUGGGGUCCGUACGUGGCCCUUUCACCGUGACUAAGAUUGAUCCUUACCAUAACCAUCCAUUAGAAUCCAAUUUGUCAUUGUCCAAAUUCGUACUCACAAAAGUGCCUCGGAUUUUACAAAACGAUCUCAAAUUCGAUUCUAUCCUGGAAUCCUUGUGUAAUGAUGACGAUAAUACCGUGGCCAAGUUCCGGGUAUCUCAAUACGUGGAAGAAAGUGGAAUUCUUGACAUUUUGAAAGAACGUUACGGUCUUUCAGACCAUGAUUUGGACAAGAAAUUGCUUUCCCACAUUGCACGUCGUAUUACCACUUACAAAGCCCGUUUUGUGCUGAAGAAAAAGAAAAACGGUACUUAUGGAGUCCCCGCCAGCGCCAUGAGCGCUGCCGCUGCUGCCGCUGCCGCUAUUAACGCAAAUGGGUCUGGAUCCGGGUCUCAAACGCCUCAACAACACGACCAGCAACGUAACCUUAACCAUCAUCAUCACCACCAUCACCAACAACAACAACAACACCAACAGCACCAACAACAACAACAACAGCUGCCACACCAGCAACACUUGGGAUCCCCCGAGGUUGACAAGAAACGGUCAUAUGCCACCCAUGGUUCCGUACCAGACCAUGAAGAUGAUCUAGAAUCUCGUAAACGGUCCCGUUCUAACAAGCUGUCUACGGCGGUGAAAAUGGGGACCCGUUCGUCUUUGGUUAACGAUCCUGGUCUUGCUCAAUUGGAAGAUGUUAACGAUUCUGAGGAUAACAAAUUGCCUCAAGAUGUGGCCGAACAAUUGCGUCUGUUGAGUUCACACUUGAAAGAAGUGGAACAACAACAACAACAGCAACACCACGAAAACCAACAUCAUCAACACCAUCAUCCAGAGCUACGUGAUGAAAACGAUGAAAACAUCCAACCUGAGUUGAGAGGUCAGUAA